AUGCGUAGGUCGGUCGGCGCAUUUAAUGCGCAAGCACGUCUUGCAAGCCAUUUGCCCAGACUUGCGCGAGCUGUCGUUUCAUCUCGUCAAAUGAAACAACGGCUUCUGGGCUUCCGACACGUCAUCGCGCACUCGAACACGUUGUCAGACCGUUACGUCUCUCUCAAGAGCCAUGCCCUUUCGUUUCGAAUUCUAGCGCCAAUAUAA